AAGAAGAAGAAAAGAACACUACGUAUUUACAUUGCAUUUCAUUAAAUAAUGUUUUUCUCAUCGAAGGGAAAUAUGUUUUUUUUAUUCUUCACAUUGUUUUAAUUGGUGGUUUUUCCAAAGUCAUAUUUCUAGUGGUCAAAAAAGAAAAUUGAAUUUCUUCCAUCACAAGGCAGGCGUCUAUAAAUAGCGCUGUUCAUCAGAAAUUAGCCAUUUCCACUUUCCAAAGAUCUUCAAAGUUUACACAAAUCAUUGCUUUUCUCUUUUUAUCUUAUCCCAAAAUUUUCUCUUUCCCUAUAUGUUUGCAGAUCCAACAAAUAUCAUUCAUCACAAGAAUCUAUUCAUUACACAAUCCAUUAUUACAUCAUCAACAACAAACAUUCUAACUACUUUAUUACAAACAUUUCAUUUGCCAAAUUUCGGAUAAAAAUAUUCAUAUAAAUCAAUCAAUUUGAUAACCAUGACACCUUGUUGUCGAAUUCUACUCCCAUGUAGGAGCAAUUCUUUUCUGGGUCUUCAAUUUAAGAAGACCCAUAAUUCAUUCCACACAAAUUCAUCGAAUUUUCGUUUGAAUUUCAAGCAAAAAUGUGAUUUUUAUAGCUACCCACGUAUUAAUCGGACCCUAUUAGGGCCAAUUUCAUCUUGGGGUCAAUCUAGGGUUUUCUCAAGUAAUUGUAAUAAUGGUAUUAUUAAUCCUAUUGGUGGGGCCUUAAAAAAGAGAGGUUUCCAUGUAAUUGCUAGUGUUGCAUCUGAUUUUAGGAAGAAUUAUUCAACUUCGGCUGAAAAAACACGUGUUAAUGAUAAGAAUUUUGAGAGAAUUUAUGUUCAAGGUGGUUUGAAUAAUGUGAAACCAUUGGGUGUAGAAAAAGUUGAUUUAGAUGAACAUGGUCAUAAAAAUGUGAAUAAUGAUGAGAAAGUUGAGAGUGUUAAAGAGGAAUCGCAAGCGGUAAAGGAUGCUUGGAAGUUGUUGGAGAAUGCUGUAGUUACAUAUUGUGGGAGUCCUAUAGGGACACUUGCUGCUAAUGAUCCUAAUGAUAAGUUGCCCUUGAAUUAUGAUCAAGUUUUUAUUAGGGAUUUUAUUCCAUCUGGACUUGCUUUUUUACUCAAGGGGGAGAAAGACAUUGUUAGGAAUUUUCUGCUUCAUACCCUGCAACUGCAGAGUUGGGAGAAAACUGUGGACUGUUACAGUCCAGGGCAAGGAUUGAUGCCUGCAAGUUUUAAAGUUAGAGCAGUGCCUCUCGAUGAUAACAAAUAUGAAGAAGUUCUAGACCCAGAUUUUGGGGAGUCAGCUAUUGGCCGUGUAGCACCUGUUGACUCAGGCUUGUGGUGGAUUAUCUUGUUGAGAGCUUAUGGGAAGAUCACCGGUGACUAUGGAUUACAAGAAAGAGUGGAUGUGCAGACUGGCAUAAAGCUGAUAAUAAACCUGUGCCUAUCUGAUGGGUUUGAUAUGUUUCCGUCUUUGCUAGUCACUGAUGGUUCCUGCAUGAUAGAUAGAAGGAUGGGUAUUCAUGGACAUCCGCUUGAGAUUCAAGCGUUAUUUUACUCAGCACUUAGAUGCUCCCGUGAGAUGCUUUCUAUGGAUGAAGGAUCCAAGAAUUUGGUGAAUGCCAUAAACAACAGACUUAGUGCUUUGUCAUUUCACAUUAGAGAAUAUUAUUGGGUUGAUAUGAAGAAGAUCAAUGAAAUAUACCGAUAUAAGACAGAGGAGUAUUCCACUGAAGCCACUAACAAGUUUAACAUCUACCCUGAACAAAUCCCUCAUUGGUUGAUGGAUUGGAUUCCUGAGGAAGGUGGUUAUCUUAUUGGCAAUUUACAGCCUGCCCACAUGGACUUUAGAUUCUUCACUCUUGGAAAUCUGUGGUCCAUUGUGUCAUCUUUGGGUACCCCAAAACAGAAUGAGUCAAUCCUGAAUCUGGUCGAAGCUAAGUGGGACGAUCUUGUGGGUCUUAUGCCCCUUAAGAUAUGUUACCCAGCUCUGGAAAAUGAAGAGUGGCGUAUAAUCACUGGUAGUGACCCUAAGAACACACCUUGGUCAUAUCAUAAUGGGGGUUCUUGGCCAACUCUUCUCUGGCAGUUCACACUGGCAUGCAUCAAGAUGAAUAAGAUUGAUCUUGCUAAGAAGGCAGUCGAUUUAGCUGAGAAAAAGCUUCGGGUGGAUCAGUGGCCUGAAUAUUAUGAUACAAGGUAUGGCAAAUUUACAGGAAAGCAAGCCCGGCUGUACCAAACAUGGACUAUAGCUGGUUUUCUGACAUCUAAAAUGCUGUUGGAAAAUCCAGAGCAGGCUUCAUUGUUAUUCUGGGAAGAAGACUAUGAUCUUCUUGAGAUUUGUGUCUGUGCUCUUAAGAAAUCUGGAAGGAAAAAGUGCUCACGCGGUGCGGCCAAAUCUCAGAUUCUUGUAUGAGUUAACCAUCAUUCUUUCAGAGGUUUAACACAUUUUACAUGUACAGAAAAUAGUUAGGAUAAGGGUAUGUCUGGAGGGUUUUUCAACCUCAAGACUUUAAACAAAAGGAGAAUAUUUUCUCACAUAGCAUUAUGGAAUUACCAUUAUUUUGUAAGCCAGUCAGUUGUAUUAGUUCAUCAAAUUAGGAAAUGAAACCACGUAAUUUUGAUACCUUCAUAACAGGUAUCUACAGGAAUUAAUCUGUAUAUACAUAUUAUACUAUGAUGAUUGGCAUGUUUGUAUUUGUUUCUUAAA